AUGCUGGAUAUGGAAACGAACACUGACCCGUCGGAGCUGCAGCUGCUGGGGGCGUAUGACUUCGAGAAGAACUUCAAUCACCUGGAAGCCAGGAAAUGGAUGGAGGAGAAUUGGCAAAAGUCUUUUAUUAUUGGUUUCAUUUAUUUGAUCACGGUCUUUGGAAUCCAGCAUUUCAUGAAGGAACGGAGGCCCUUCAGCCUGCGUGCACCACUGACCCUGUGGUCCUUCAGCCUGACCUUGUUCAGUGUCAUUGCAGCCUGUCGGGUCUGGAAGCAAAUGGCCUUCCUCCUCCUUACCAAGGGAUUUAAGCGAUCAGUAUGUAGCCAAUCCUUCUUCAUCCACCCUGUUUCCAAACUUUGGAUGUAUCUAUUUGUGCUGAGCAAACUUGUCGAACUGGGUGACACUCUGUUCAUUGUUCUCCGGAAGAAGAAGCUCAUUUUUGUCCACUGGUACCACCACUUAGCCACGAUGAUUAUAGCCUGGUGUGCCUAUAAGGAUAUGGCAGCUGGCUUGGGGUGGAACGCAGCCUUGAACCUCAGUAUCCAUUGUUUGACGUACUGCUACUACACUGUGACAGCCAUGGGCAUCCGGGUACCCACCUCCAUCGCCAUGCUAAUCACCACUUCACAGAUGGUGCAGAUGAUGGGAUUUGUAAUAAUGAACAUCUUUUUGUUCUUCUGGAAGGAUAAUAAGCUCUGCCAAGUCAACUGGCUGAUGUUUUUCUUUUCAACUGUCUUGUAUACCACUUUAUUGGCCCUCUUCUUCAACUUCUUCAUAAAAACUUAUCUGAGUAGCACCCGCAAAUCAAAGGGGGAUUAAAACCGAAGGAU